AUGGUUAUUCUUAAAUUAGCAAGUGAGAUUAUUGAGGAUGGAAAUUUAAACAAAUUGAAUUCUUUAUUGUCUAUGCCUAUGACUUAAGAAUUAGUAUAAACUUUAAGAAGGAUUUUUUUAUAUUUGCAAGAUAAAAAGUUAUUUGUUAUAUCAUAUGGAUCAGAAUGGAAUUAAUGGAACUUUAAAAAUAAUAAUAAAUAAAAUGAAAGUAAUUAAAUAGACAAUUUUUUGAAUGUCAAAUGGAGUGUCUUCUUAAGAUUGUUAUUCUAGCAUUCCUUUUAUAGUGAUUUAUUAUUAAAUAUUGAGUAAACCAUUAAUUGUCCACCAUAUGUUAGACUUGUUGAUGUAUCUGUAGAAAAGGGAAUAGACAUUCCAAUUCAUUCAAAUUAUUUUGAAGUAUUGUAAUAUAUCACACUUGAUUUCGAUAAAUUUAUAAUGCUAUUAAAAAGAUUUCCAGAAAUUGAAUUAAAAGAUAAAGCUUAAUUUACUAUUUUUAUCUAAAAACAACUUUCAAAGAUUAGUAAUGAUUAAGAAAGAUUGUUAUUUUCAAAAUUAAUAAAUACUCAUCUGGUUGAUAAAGUAGAUAAUCCAUUAGUUUUGGCUGAUUUUUUAUAGAAUUGUGUAGACAAUGGAAACUUAGAAUUAAAGAUAAAUUCUCUAUAAUCUUUAUUGAUUUUAAUAACAAGAUUUAAUUACAAUUUAGAGAAUUUUUAUGAUAGAGUAAAUUAUUAUACUUAUAUUCAAAUAGUUGAUACAAAUUAUUGUUACUGAUGGAGCAUUUGAAUGCUCUUCAAAAUCAAAAUUACUUAAAUUAAUUGAUGUAGCAACAAAAUCAUCAAAAGUACCAAUGUAAACAUUAGUUAAAAUAAUUUAAUCUAUUUUAAAAGCUUGUCUUAAAGAAACAUGUUCAUUAUAAUUAGUAGCAGCUUAAAUAACUUUCAAUAUUUUUAAAAAGCAUAUCACAUUAAAAUAAUUCUUAUAAUAAGGUGAAGCUUAACUUAUUGAAAUAGCAUCUUAUUAGAAGUAAAUCUUUUUAAUUUAAAUUAGUCAUUGGCAUCCUGAAAUUAAGAGAAUUAUAUCUUAUUUAGAGGAUGACCUAAGUAUUUUCGAUUAUUUUAAUCUUAAUGACGUAAUUGAAUUAUAGGACCAAUAGUUGUUAGAAGCAUAAUUUUGACC